ACGAGUGUAAAAGUCACCCAGUUGAUGAAUAAACUAUUUCCUCUUCGUGUCUUUGUCUACAAGACGAGAAGAGGGAACUAUGCAUCUCUAUUUCUUAAGCAAGAAACUCAACUCAAUCUCAAUCAAGAUGAAGUUGGUCUUUUUCUUGUUCAUUUUACUAAAUUUCUGUCACUCAGAAGGGAAGCAACAGCAGACGGAGAGGUUUCUGCCCAUCUCCUUGAAGUUCUCCUUUCCUCCCUUUUACAACAGCUACACCAAAUACUGCUGCAAACUGUAUCCCGGAGGCUGCUACAGGCUGCUUGACAGUGCAGGCUACACCUGCGAUUCCCUGCGAGGAAGAGUUAGAAAAACUGAGAUGUAUGGUUUGGUUGAAUUUGAGAUUUCAAAUGUGCAGCUGGUGGAUGCAGGCUUCUACAGAUGCCGUGUGCAAGGAACCCCAGUCUACAGUGACUACUACAUUGAGGUUUUUGAAGUUUCCGAUUACAGUGAGCAGACUCAAUUUACCCUGACAACAACCACCAAAGCCCCCACCAAAGCCCCCACCAGCUCCACAGAACUCCCUGACUCCACAGGACCUGUUCUGGCUCAGGACCGCAGCGACAGCAGCAGAGCUUCCCGGGGGGUUAGCCUGCCGCUUAUUGCUGUUGUGUCCAUCACAGUGAUGGUUUUUGUCACUGCAGUGAUCGGUGCUGUUUAUUGCAGAGUCAAGGCACAAAGUGAACAAUCUGACACGUGUGAAGGAACUCGAUGUGAGUCACUCAAACAAGAUGCCUUGGAAGCAAAUGGCAUCGUCUACACAACAGUGGACUUUACAGCUCACCAGAAACCUGAGGUGGUUUAUGCAAACCUGCAGGUGAACAAAACACAAGCAGGUGGCCCCGGAGCAGAGCAUGAUGGGACAGUGGAGUACUCUGUUUUGGCAAAUUAGCUUUUCACAUCUGAUGAAUUUAAAAUCCCACUCCGAUCCUCUUUUUAUCAACUGUAAAAGGGUUGCCUGUGGUCUUUUAAUGAUCAUUAUGCCGUUUUUGGCCCCAAAAAACACGUCAUUUUUCUAGGACAUUGUUUCUGCAAAGAGUUCAUUAGAAAUUUGAGUUUAAGACCUUAAUUUUCUUCAUAUAUUUUCUCCAUUGUGAGAAAAAUGCCACAAGAACAUGUUAAAAACACAAGGAAACACAAUUUCCAUCGGAGUGGGUCUUUAAAGCAUUCCUUAAAACCUCCUAUUCUGCUAACAUAACUUUGUUGAUGUUAAGUUAUAUUCAUGAGGUUGAAUGAAGAGGGUAGGAUUUACCAUACGUUCUUUAUAUUUGUGGAAUUGCAACUCCAAUUAGAUAAAUUAUUACAUUAUUUGGUUUAAAUACGCUCCUUGACAAAGGAAUACAUUCUGAUAGGAUUAAAUGUACUUGUCAUCUUAAAAUGAGCCAAUGACUUUGUGGUUUCUGUACUUGAGGAUCUUCAGACAUAUAUCUCAUCAUGACAUCAGGUUAUCUCACUUUCUAUCAAUGUCUGGCUUAUUGUCUUUUUUACGUCAGUGGGUACCUGACCCUCUACCAGAUCUGGUAUUGUCCUCUAUUCAGACCAAAAAAAAGUUGGAUGUGUUUAUUUUAAUAUUCUUUGCAAAAGGUCAAGUUUCUUUCUGGAUCAAAGGUGGAAGAGAAUUCACUGAUUCUUAUUUCUGUGACAUUUCAGAGCAUCACAAGCGUUUUUUUCUUCUUUCUUUUUGUUGUAAGGCAUGGCAUGGAUUGACAGCCACUAGCUAAAAUCUAUUGUGGUAGCACAUAAAAACCUAUUUUUGCUUGAAAAAUAAAGUAUUUUGUAGCAC